GAAUUACCGAGGGAGGGGAGGGGGCCAUGUGAGUCAAGUUCGAGAUCAUUAUAUUCUUUCUGCUCCUGCAUUACAGCUCCUCGUAAUGUCAUCUUCUUCACCAUACGACGACCUUUUAUAAUAGGCAACCAUGGAGGAACAAUUUGAUGUUCUCAUUAUUGGGGCGGGAAUAUCUGGAAUCAAUGCCGCCUAUCGCCUGCAGUCACAGUUCCCUCACUAUCGCUAUGCCAUUCUAGAGGCACGCGACCAGCUUGGAGGCACUUGGGACCUCUUCAAGUAUCCUGGAAUUCGCUCCGAUUCGGACCUCUUUACCUUUGGCUUCGCCUGGUAUCCUUGGGAUCAAGACAAUCCGAUCGCUGAGGGCUCAUCAAUCAUCGAAUAUCUUCAUCGCGCCACAGCCAGUAAGGGCAUCGACCAGCGCAUCCGAUAUCAACAUCGUCUGCUUGGCGCCGACUGGUCCUCGUUGGAACAACGCUGGUUGUUGGCUGUAGAGCAUGCAGGUCACUCCCAAGCAAUGUCGGCUCGGUUCAUCAUCUUUGGCACUGGCUAUUACGACUACCAGCGGCCUUUAGAGGCGGAUAUCUCAAAUCUGACCCAGUUCAACGGCCAAGUCAUCCAUCCACAGUUCUGGCCCGAGGACCUGGAUUACAGCGAGAAGCGCGUUGUUAUCAUUGGUAGCGGCGCGACAGCAAUCACACUGCUCCCCAAGAUGGCUGAAAAGGCGGCGCGUGUGACCAUGUUGCAGCGCAGUCCAACUUAUAUUCUGUCCUUGCCAAACCGUCAACGCUCACCCCUUCGAUUCAUUCUGCCGACAGCUUGGUCCCGCCAACUGCAGCGUAUUCUUUGGCUGUUCACUGCGCGGUUUUUCUUUCUCUUUUGCCAGACUUGUCCGACUGCCGCGCGUGCCAUCUUACGCCUGCAAGUCAGUCAACAGCUACCCCAAACGGUGCCUCUUAAUCCACACUUCCUCCCAUGCUAUAACCCCUGGGAUCAGAGGUUGUGUGUCUGUCCCGACGGAGAUUUCUUCAAAGCGUUGCAUCACGGGGUGGCAGAUGUCCGGACCGACACCAUCAAGACCGUCACCGCAACGGGGAUUCAACUAGAGUCCGGAAAUACACUUGAUGCGGACAUCAUCGUCACUGCAACCGGACUACGUCUGCAGGUAGCGGGCGGCGCCUCCAUAACGGUCGAUGGCAUCCCACAGCACUUAUCGCAGAAGUUCCUUUGGCGCGGGAUCAUGAUGCAAGACCUCCCCAACGCUGCUUUUGUUCUAGGAUAUACCAACGCUUCAUGGACACUUGGGGCCGAUGCUACUGCCCGGUUUCUGUGUCGCCUCUUACGCGAGCUGGACUCGCGUGGACAGGCUGCUGCUGUGCCGCGGUUGCGCCCCAAUGAAGCCCAGAAACUGCAGCCAAAACCGUUAAUGAACCUUAAUUCGACGUAUGUGCUGCGCGCAGCGGAAACUCUGCCCAAGACUGCAGAUCAGGGUCCGUGGGUGCGACGGGACAAUUAUUUGCAGGACCUAUGGUUUGCGAAGUUUGGAAGCUUGGAGGGACUGGAGUUCGGCGAGACCAAGAAGGCGCAAUGAAUUAGGGCUGGAUUAUUGUACCUAUGUUCCGGUUUUUGUCGCGAUCAUUUAUUUUCGAUUCUUCAUAGAUAAGAUUCUCAGGCUCGUCGUGUAUGAUGUGACCGAUGUGUGUUUCGAGCGAAGCGGUCACUUGGGUUUUUGAGAGAAUUGCGCUGCAAGGCCCAGCUGACCGAUGCCGGGAGACUGAUCAAGCCUUUGUCAAACCGAUGUCUAUGAUGUAUGCCACGAUUUCAAUUUCCUAUCUGAGCUAGUUCACAACGCUG